AUGGGAAAGCACAUUUUGCUGCUCCUUCUGGGCCUGUCUUUGCUGGUGAGCUCCCUGCAAGCUUUGACAUGUAUCACAUGUGAUAGGCUCAAUUCUCGGGGGAUUUGUGAAAGAGGAGAAGGUUGCUGUCAGGCUAAACCUGGUGAGAGGUGUGCCUCACUUGUAACCCUGAAAGAUGGCAGAAUUCAGUUUGGAAACCAGAGAUGUGCUGACCUUUGCUUCACUGGGACUGUUAAGAAUGGAGAACAGACAGUGAAAAUGAACUGUUGCAACAGGUCUUUCUGCAAUAAACUAUAA